AUGGCUGAAGCAGCUUCCAGUAUGGUUGGACCCCUUGUAAUAGGAAUUUAUCUCUUGGAUUUAAUCUACAUUGAUUCUGCAUAUCCUGCUUCAGGCAGCAUUAUGGAGAAUGAACAAAGAUCCAAUCAAAUGAACAAUAUUCUCCGAAUAAUAGCUGAUCUGCAAGUCUCCUGUAACUAUGAUCAUCUUACAACAUUGCCCCACGUGCAAAAGUAUUUGAAGUCUGUCCGUUACAUUGAAGAACUUCAGAAAUUUGUAGAAGAUGACAAUUAUAAAUUAUCAUUAAGAAUUGAGCCAGGUAACAGCUCUCCUCGACUGGUUUCCUCCAAAGAAGAUCUUGCAGGUCCCUCUGAUGUGUCAGCAGUUAUGAAAUUCAUCAGGAGACCCACAUGUCCCGAUGCCUCAGUAGCAGCAAGUCUACCUACACCUCCUGUACCAAGGCACAGGAAGAGUCACAGCCUGGGGAACAACAUGAUGUGUCAGUUCAGCGUAGUGGAGAGCAAAAGCGCCACCUUCCCGACGGAGAAGCCGCGCCACCUCCUGGAUGACAGCGUCCUGGAGUCGCACAGCCCGGCCCGCAGCCAUGCGCUGAACUCACUUUUCACCAACGGCCUUUCCAUAG